AUGGUCGGCCAGAUCUCGAAAAUUAAAGCAACAGUAACAGCGACAGUGAAAUUUCUAACCAUCUUUGAUAUGAUCAUGCUUCUGGGUAUCUUAUUCCCGGUGAUGACAAUGGCCACCAAUGAUGAUACUCAGAUCAAAUUAUACGUUCCACCGGAAAACAUUGAUCUGAGUAUCAAAUGUGGUAACGAGAGAUCCUAUAGCGACGAAUAUCUCAAGCGUUCUCUUCAGAAAGCGAAGUCUGAAAUGAAUCCACAGAUGUGCUGGCCAAUGCGGUUCGAAAAAUUGAGUUAUACUGAAGGCAGCACAUAUUGGACCUACCCGCUUCUACCCAAUGAGAUUAUUUACGCAAACAAUAUUUUGGAAGAAACGCAAAAGUUGUAUGGAAUCAGCAUAACUUUAUCAGUGCCAGAACGUGUUUCACAAGAUUUCGUUGUAUUUGACGAAAAGUUUAAAAUCAUGGGAGGUGUACAGUACGAGGGUGAUACACAAAUGUUUACGCAUUGCUCAUUUACAUUCCCCGAUCUCAGCAAAGAAAGGAGAACCAAAAUAGAGAAUAAUUUGAGACGAGGUUACGCGCAGCGCGAUGAUUUUAUUUGGGGAGAAGACCGUAUGAGCGGACCAGAUCUUGCAUGGCGUAUACAGGACAGAGGGAGCCCAAAUUGGAGUCGAAUAAUACAAAUGGACAAUACAUGUAACUUUGUGCGAGAUCGCAAUGAUAAAAAUGUUGCAAGCAUACAAAAGACUCACGGGGAUAAAAACUCCGCAUGGGAUGAAACGGGCCUAUACUUCAAACACGUCUACAAACACGUUAAAAAAUGUUUUGCAUCUGAGCAUGAGACAAAACAGCAUCAUCAGGGACACAAUCGACAUUCACAACCUUACAGGUAUCGAUAUUCACCGGCAGAUAGAAGCCAAUCACGUUACUCUUCGUACUCACACGAUACAUCAUCAGGGGUUGACUGGGGUAGUACGGAUAUAGGUAGCUUCGAAGUUUCAUCUGAUAUAGACUUUGGAGGCGGGCUCAGCCUUGAUAGAUCUAAAAAGAAAAAGAAAGAAAAAUCUGAAAGCCAAUUUAUCAAAGAUAUUAGCGCUGCAUUAGCUGGAUUAAUUGUCUUAGGUUGCGAGAAGAGCUUUGAAUGUUGUGCUAAUUGCGGAAGCCCUUGA